AUGGAUUCUUACUGGGUUGUCUUCAAACUUGCUCUGCUGGAUCAUCAGAGCAGGGCCAGCUUGCUCAAAGAACCAACCAACGCCCCCAGUUCGCCGGACCACUGUUCUGCAACAUCAAAGGGGCAGGAGGGGCGCAACGCGCGGCGUCGAUUGGAGUUGGCAUAA